AUGCCACAGUUAGAUGCCAUUUACCUCUUCUGUGGUAACAAAUCCAGACAUCAAGGAUGGACUCAACACUGGACAAAAAUUAAAGGUGUCCAUACAAGCUUCAAAGAAAUUUGCCACGCAUUACAACUGGCUGUCAAACAAUGUGACCAGGACACAAUUUCUCUAAGUUUUCUGACCGUAAAUGAAAUGGCUUCAAUUGAUAAUUUAAAUCAGUUAGAGCCAAAUUUUAUGUAUACCCAACUGUUCAAGGAAAUUCUUCUAAAUAUGGAACAUAAUGAACAGGCUAUCAAACAGUUUAUUACUUAUUGUCGAAAUAAUAACAGCUUGUCAUCAAUCAAUAUUAACAGUUUCGAAAAAGAAUACCAUGCUCAAUCCGCUAUUUGGUGGUAUACUUUUCCAUCCAAUAUCUACUCUAUGCUUAACUAUGCUCUUCGAACACUGGACGCUGACGCAAUUAUUACUAUGGGUUUUUUCAUGUGCCAUCUUCAUCAACAAAUACAACAGUUGUACGAACAACAGAUCAAUAGUUAUGGAAGAAAACCUUUUAUAGUUUAUCGAGGGCAAGGUCUUCACAAAUUAGACUUUGAAAAACUUCAGAAAACAAAAGGUGGAUUAAUGUCAUUUAAUAAUUUCGUAUCUACCAGUACAGAUAAAGAAGUGUCCCUCAGUUUUGCUCAAGGUGCACUAGGAAAUGGAGACAUGGUGGGAGUCCUAUUCAAAAUGUCCAUUGAUCCUAGCGUCAAAUCAGUACCAUUUGCCUCCAUCAAGGAUGUGAGUUAUUUCAACGAAGAAGAAAUUCUUUUCUCAAUGCAUACCGUCUUUCGAGUAACUGCAAUUAAACAAAUGGACAAUAAGAAUCAACUUUAUCAAGCUGAAUUAGAAUUAACAUCCGAUGAUGAUCAACAACUACGAUUACUUACUGACCGAAUACGAAAAGAAGUUAAUGGUGAUAGUGAAUGGAAGAGGUUAGGUGAGUUAUUGCUUAGAAUUCGGCAAUUUAAUAAAGCUGAAGAACUUUUUAAUGUAUUACUGGAACAGACAUCUGAUAAGGAUGAAAAAGCGUUUUAUUAUAAUCAGUUGGGAUCUAUUCAUCACUAUAAAGCUGACAAUGAAAAAGCCAUUUGGUAUUACGAACAAGGACUUGAAAUCUAUCGACAAACUCAUCCUUCAAAUCGUUCUUCAUUGACUACUUCAUACAACAACAUCGGUGCCGUGUAUCUCAAUAUGGGAGAUUACUCGAAAGCACUUUCAUUUUACGAAAAAGCAUUUGAAAUCCACGAAAAAACUCCUCUUUCAAAUCAUUCAUUAUUGGCUACUUCGUACAACAACAUCGGUGCUGUGUAUGUCAAUAUGGGAGAUUACUCGAAAGCACUUUCAUCUUAUGAAAAAGCACUUGAAAUUCAACAAAAAACUCUUCCUUCAAAUCAUCCUGAUAUAGCUACUUCAUACAACAAUAUCGGUCUGGUCUAUGACAACAUGGGAAAGUACUCAAAAGCACUUUCAUUUUGCGAAACAGCACUUAAAAGUCGAGAAAAAACUCUUUCUUCAAAUCAUCCUGACUUGGCUGCUUCAUACAGCAGCAUCGGUAAUGUUUAUUGCAACAUGAGAGAGUACUCGAAAGCAUUUUCAAUUUACGAAAAAGCACUUGAAAUCUAUGAAAAACCUCUUACUUCAAAUCAUCCUGAUUUGGCUACUUCAUACAACAACAUUGGUUUUGUGUAUGAGAAGAUAGGAGAGUACUCGAAAGCACUUUCAUCUCACGAAAAAGCACUUGAAAUUCGACAAAAAACUCUUCCUUCACAUCAUAUUGAUUUUGCGCAGUCAUAUAACAAUAUCGGUUGUAUGUAUAGCAAGAUGUUAGAUUACUCGAAAGCACUUUCAUCUUAUGAAAAAGCACUUGAAAUUCAACAAAAAACUCUUCCUUCAAAUCAUCCUCGUUUGGCUGCUUCAUUCAACAACUUCGGCACUGUGUAUUGCAACAUUGAAGAGUACUCGAAAGCUCUUUCAUGUUACGAAAAAGCACGUGAAAUUCGACAAAAGACUCUUCCUUCAAAUCAUCCCCAUUUGGCUAGUUCAUAUAACAACACUGGCUUCGCGUAUGACAAGAUGGGAGAGUACUCCAAAGCACUUUCAUUUUACGAAAAGGCACUUGAAAUUCGACAAAAAAUUCUUCCUUCAGAUCAUCCGGAUUUGGGUACUUCGUACAAUAACUUCGGUAAUGUGUAUUGCAAUACGGGAGAGUACUCCAAAGCGCUUUCAUUUUACGAAAAAGCACUUGAAAUCUUUCAAAAAACUCUUCCUUCAAAUCAUCCUGAUUUGGCUACUUCAUACAAUAAUAUCGGUAGUGUAUAUUGCCAGAUGGGAGAGUACUCGAAAGCAUUUUCGUUUUACGAAAAAGCACUUGAUGUUCGACAAACAAUUCUUUCUUCAGAUCAUCUUUCGUUGGCUAAUUCAUACAAUAACAUCGGUUUGGUGUAUUGCAAGACGGGAGAGCACUCGAAAGCUCUUUUUGUUUACGAAAAAGCAUUUGAAAUACGACAAAAGCUACCUUCAGAUCAUCCUGAUUUGGCUAUUUCGUAUUGGUACAUGGGUAAUGUUUAUAACAAUAUGAAAGACUACUCAAAAGCACUACUUUAUUUUGAACGUGCUCUGAACGUGUGGCAAAGUGCAUUACCUUCAACUCAUCCUCAUAUAAAAACCGUGAAAGAGAGUAUUGAAAUUAUCAAAAUGAAAUUAUAA